CAGUGGAGCACUUGGAGAAAUUAAUACAAUGUACAUUACGUGAAAAUGCACAACUUUUAAAAGAAAAUGAACAAUUAAGAAAAGAAUUGAAAGAAUUGAAAAAGCAAUAAAUUCAACAAGUUUCAUCAUCUCCCCCCUUUUGUUUUGCUAUGCUAUAUCGAUCACGUGGCCCCUCUGUGUAUUUUUAAGCAUGAUUUUAAUCACCUUUUCUCCAGUUUUUCUUUUUCUCUGCUUUGUCAUCCUAAAGAUAUGGAAGAUAGAAAUGAAGAAAGAAUAGUACAGUCGCUGCCUAUAAGAGAUUCACUUCGAAAUGACAUUUUGCUUGAGCGAUCCUUUAGAUCCACAACCAAGGUAACUGAUCACUCUUGGUCAGUCAUAAAUACCUCGCUUGAUACUACAGCACCUACGAUCACAGAGUACUCAAAGCAGAUGUCAAAAUACGACUGGCGUAUACAUUCUCUUUUGCUAUGUCGACAUAUCAUCACUCGAGGACUGGAAGAGGGCAUAGGCAGUGACUUGACUAUCCGUGCUUUUGGCCGAUCUUAUCGUCUUCAUCGACUUAUUCUAGAUCAAAAUCCAUACUUUAAGCUGCUGCUGGCUGGUGGGUUUCGGGAAUCUGAUGCGAACGAGGUGACAUUGUAUCUUGAAGAGCAUUCUUUUAUUAAUACUCAGUCAUUUCAAUUCGUUCUCGAGUACUUGUAUGGAAAGAUUGAAGAACCACAGAUAAGCAAGGACAACGUACGGCAGAUAUUAGCGACAUGCUCUUAUUUUCAGGUGAUGGAGGUGUGUCAUCUCUGUGUAGAGUACAUAUUAAAGAUCUUGAAUCAACAAAAUGUGAUCGACUAUCUCUUGUUUGCAGAUGAACACAUGGUCAAGGGUGCUGAUCGCAUUUUUGAUGCUGCUUUUACUUUUCUUUGUCGAGAAGCUUACAAUAUGGAUCGACAUAUACUAGCCAUAUUACCGUUAAAUUGGUUAGAGAAGGUGGUUGAGAGUGAUGCAUUUUGGGUCCCAAGCGAGUACGAGAGAUACCAGUUUAUACAACAGAUAAUUCAAGCGCAAUAUGAAUUAUCACAAAAGAAUCCAGAUACUGUCAUUGAUGACCCAUCCCAUAUCUUGCGUAAAUCAAUCCACUAUAUGCACAUGACAUUUGAGCAGCUUCAGGCUAUAAGGCAUGAUAUCCAUCCAUUCACAAAAAAUCCACUCGUGCAUGAACACAUCCUGAAGGAAGCUCUGUGGUUACAAGUUCAGUUACGUUCAAAGAUUGAGGCUGCUAAUGACAAAGAUGUUGGGAUCAAUAUUACGACUCGGUCUCCAACCAUGGAUCAAGAAGAACAAACGAUUAACAACUACCCUAUACCCGUUGAUGAUACCACAACUUAUACCGGUGAGCCUAGCGCAAUUGCUACUGCAAAAAAAUCAACUUCUCUCAAGCAAGAAUAUUCCAUGUAUCCUCCUUUUCGCUUUAGUGUAGAAUUUGCAGAUGUUACCUCUUUAAAGCAUGGUACGAGGGUGUAUUCAGACUCGAUAUUUUAUGCUGGGUCUAAUUGGAACAUGUACAUUCAAAAGACACGCUCUCAAAGAAAAGGAGUACUUCAACUCGGUGUUUAUUUGCAUCGUCAGUCUAUACCCAGCCAAGAAGAGCCACAGGGGCCUUACUCGUUUUCUCGGUACUCUGAUAAAAGAAAGGUUGUAAAGACUUGGUUCAAAAUCUAUUGUCCUUCAAGAGGACCAAAACACGCACUCACCCUUUUCCAAAGUAGUCCCGAUAAUUUUUCUGUGUUGCAAAGUUGGGGUUGGAGAAGUACGACAUUAUGCGCUGAAGAAGAUUCGUCAAAUAUUCCAGAGAUAGAUUUGAAUGAUACCAGCAAAACGUUCGUACCACCUCCACCUCAGUCACCCUCAACUCAACAAAACAGUAUAUUUGAAAUCAAGGCUACCAAAUCUAUAAACACGACUCAUAUUCAAAAAACAAGCAAUCAUGGUCAAAAUGGAUCAACAUUAAGAUUUACUGUAGUGAUGGGACAUGUAUAAAUAAAUUAAAGGAUGCUGGUACGAACUUGCUUGAAUAUGUCUAUUAUUUUAAAAUAAAUAUCAAGCUUU